UCGAAAUACUAGUUGAGACAGAAGAAGAAGCGACAGGCAGCCGCGGCGCGUGCUGUUCACUGAAAUACGCCGUUAAAAACCGCUGAUAUUCAACAAUACACGCGGCGAGGAAUUGAGUGGAACCCACCGGACAUUUAUUUUACCGACGAGUUGUUUACAGUGACCAGAGAGGAAGAUGGAUGAGCUGCAGGAUGUACAGCUGACUGAGAUCAAGCCACUGCUGACCAAUAAGAAUGCACGCAACUUUCAAGACUUCGACUGCCAGGAGCAUGAUAUCGAGACUCCCCAUGGCGUCCUCCAUGUGACAAUGAGAGGCGUUCCCAAGGGCAACAGACCUGUCAUUCUCACCUAUCAUGACAUUGGCCUCAACCACAAGUCGUGCUUCAAUACCCUGUUCAACUAUGAGGACAUGCAGGAGAUCACGCAGCACUUUGCAGUGGUUCAUGUGGACGCACCCGGCCAGCAGGAAGGUGCACCUCCCUUCCCCAGCAGCUAUCGCUACCCAACCAUGGACGAGCUGGCUGAAAUGCUGCCCUCUGUGAUGACUCAGCUCAAGAUCAAUAGCGUGAUCGGCAUUGGCGUGGGAGCAGGAGCGUACAUCCUCACCCGCUUUGCACUGAACCACCCCACUCUGGUGGAGGGACUGGUUCUGAUUAAUGUCGACCCAUGUGCCGAAGGCUGGAUUGACUGGGCAGCUUCAAAGCUGUCUGGAUGGACCAGUAAUUUGGUGGAUAUCGUCAUGGCUCACCACUUCAGCACUGAUGAGCUGACAGAGAACCAGGAGCUGAUCCAGACCUACCGUCUCCAUAUCGCCCAAGACAUCAACCAGGACAACCUGGCCCUCUUCUGUGGCUCCUACCAAUACCGCCGGGACCUGGAGAUCGAGAGGCCAGUCGUAGGUCUGAAUGAGGACACAGUCAACACACUAACGUGCCCUGCGUUGCUGGUGGUUGGUGACACAUCACCUGCUGUGGAGGCUGUGGUGGAGUGCAAUUCCAGGUUAAAUCCGACAAAGACCACACUGCUAAAGAUGGCUGACUGCGGAGGCUUGCCCCAGGUUGUGCAGCCAGGGAAACUUGCUGAGGCCUUCAAGUACUUUGUUCAGGGCAUGGGCUAUAUGCCGUCAGCAGGAAUGACUCGUCUGGCUCGCUCACGCACCACCUCCUCUUCGAGCAUCACCUCCAUGGACAGCAGUCGCAGUCGCAACAACCUCAACAGCCUGCUGGAGGGCAGCGCCACCGGGGGCCUGGACAGCCAGGCCAGACCCCAAACCAUGGAGGUCUCCUGCUAAGCCCCACCCCCACCCCCUGCACCCUCCCAUAGUAACUUAUGUGCCCUCUCCCCUUCUCUUCCUGUACCUCUCUCUCUCUCUCUCUUUCUCUCUCUCAUCCCACUCCUAAGCAAUGCAACGCCAGGAGGAUCUGUGAUGAACUAUGUGAUUAGAAAAGCGGAUGUAAUAAAUAUAUUAACAGAUGCAUAUUAUUAAAUAUUAUAUUGAAUACACUGUCAAAGUCACAUUCCUACCAGAAACCAUAACUGCAUUCAGCUGUGUUGUAUAUUCAAAUGGUCAAACCAUAUCAUUGACUCAACUGUCCAACCUCACCCUCUUGUAUUUAUUUUUUUCACAUUGUCUUUGUUUAUAUGUCUUCACACACACUGUAGAAAUCCUCCACGCGUUCAUAGUAACUUGUCGAUUUUCGAUUUGAUUUCACGGUCCAACACUUUGACUGUUUUCACGGAUCUCUUCUGUUGUGAGCUCUCAAAAUGUGGUCUGCACUGAUUGCGUGUCAUGGUAUCCGUUUUUAUUCUUAAACUUGCUGCAAUGCAAAUUAGUCUCAAAGUAUGUAGAGGGAUCACUAAACUGUAGCUGCAGAAAUAGGAUUGCAGUAUAUAUUUAAAAAGGAUGCCAGAAAAAGUGAUGUGGAAGAUACAUGGAAGAAGCACUGCAUACUGUAGCACACUGUAAGUAAAACUAAAUGGAAACUGCAGAGAGCUGUUUUUAAACAUGAAAGGACCAUUCAGUGUUAAGGAAGAGUACCUGUAGGUCGACUCACACGUCACUUCACACACUGAGCUCAUCGUGCCCUCUUUCUUUCCGGUUUGUGUUGAUGUUCUUGUUCAGUUGACUAGAUUAUUCUGUGAUGUUUGAACAACCUGUAACUAGUGGGCUCUGAUGUGAAAAGUAUGAGUCCCUUCACUGAGGGGCCCAGUGGUGCUUCUCACUGUCUGCUGAUUCAGCUCAUUUAUAUUACUACUAAAUAAAGCUACAACAUG